AAAAUAAAUUAAUUCUAAAAAAAAAAAAAAAAAAAAAAGGCUGUUGUAAAUUGUAAUGGAAGAGGUGGGUGUUGUUCUGCUGCUGUGCUCACUUAUUGUCACCGUUCACCGAGCCAAGCUAUUCUUCGGUGACAUACUACGCCGCUUCUCUAUAUCAACGGUAGCUUUCUAUCUCUCUCUUCUCCAUUAUACUCUUUUGUAUUUCUUGAAAAAAUUAGCAACUUUAGGGAUUUUUUUUGUUCAUCUUGACUGAGUUUAAAAAUUACUGUUACAUUUUUUGAAUUUUUUCUCCCUUUUUUUCUUGCAAUUGGGUUUUUGAAAUUGUUAUAGAUUUAAUUUUUUGUGUAAUUUCUUAAAUUUGACAUGGGUUUUGUUUGUAAAGUAAAGUUAUAUGGUUUUUUUCUUUUCUAUUCUUGUUGUUUCCUUGAAUUUCUAUAUAGUACGGAGUAUAUGAUAUUAUGAUGAGUUAUUGAUGAUGGGUUUUAGCUAUUAGUAAGAAUUAUGUAAUGAGUGAAUGUAACUAAUAUGUAAUAUAUUGCUACGAAUUUCCUUGAAUUGGAGAAUAAAUAUAGUGGCUUUUCUUAUCUUAUUACUAGAUUCCAGACCACAUUUGAGCAUUGUUGUUUGUCUGGAUUUGGUGUUUACAAGGCGAUUCGUUGGUGUAAAUGAAGAUGAUUAUCUCAGCCUUUUCUUUGUUUGCUCAUGAUUUUUGUUUGAGGCAGACUGUAGACUUUGCAUUAUCAGUCACUUGUAGUUUUUUUUUUUAACCUUUCAUUGCUCAUUUUUGUUUGAGGCAGAACUUUAGACUUUGCAUUGUUGUUGCUUGAAGAUCUGGUUUGGUGCAAAAAUUUAGAUACUACGUAUUUCACUUUAUGAAUUUGGUACUUCACAUAGCACUGGCACUCCUUAAAGCUACAGCUGUUUUUGGAUCCGUACUAUGAAAAGUGAGUUUAAUGGCCAAUAAUCUCGGGUUUGGCAAUUUUUAUAGAGUUUUUUUUUUUUUGUUGUGUUUUGGUUUCCCAGAGAUCAUUGGUGAGUUGAGACAAUAGUCUUUGUAAUUUGAUGGUGUUUUUUUUUUUUUUUUUUGAAAUUGAAAGACGGAGAAUCUAUUCAAUUAUUGGACUUACUCACCCAAGAAGCACGAUAUUAUUUACUUGUGAGAGACAAAGGCUCAUACUUGAAGAUAGAUAUUUGUCCAUAACACAAGCUAUAUAUGAUGAUGCUCUUGAUUGUAAAUACAUGCAAGUAAUUAUACUACCUCCAAUCCUUUAAGUUGUUAGGGGUUACUGUAACAACAGGAACCAAGGAGUGUUGUAGCAACUGGGGCAUGUUUCAGAAAAAAAUGGAAGUAAGGGUAUUAGGAAAGAGACUGCUGUAAGUGGAGUUUGUGUAAGAAUAGGAAAGAUACUGUUGUAAGGGUAUGUAGAAAAAAAGCAUUACCGUGAACGGGCUUCCUGAAGCAAGUUAUUAUAUGACCUUUGAAGAGGGGAGCCCUGGGCUAACACAUUGAUUCUCCAAUCUUUGUUUGUUUUGGUGUGCUGUUUAGGUAGAAAUGGAUGUUUCCAGCAGAUUUUGGAUGGGAGAUUGCCUGACUGUUGCUUCUUUACUUGUCCAGAAGUUAAAUUGACAAUGGCUGCACAUUUUCAAUCAUUGGAAUGAUCUUGGCUGCUGAUUGUGCAUUUGAAAAUUUCCCGUGGAGUAACAAUACUCUAUCGCGUCUAUGCCUUACCUGUCUAAACUGUAAGAAUCUUGGAACGUUCAGGGUUUGUCUUCCUCUGCUAAGAUCCUGCCCAAACAUUAAAAAGUUAAAAUUUUUACCGAAGGUCCGAGGCUGAUCAAAAAAUUCUUAAAGGAAUAUAAAGGACGAGUCUCCUUUCCUGCACUUGAUUCUAUUGCAGUGAUGUGUCCUUUUUCUACUGGCAUGGGAUGUAAUGUGAACUUCAUUGAAUAUCUUUGCGCUCACUCCCCAAACCUCAGGUCUUUACGCAUUGUAGGAUGGCCUGUGAUGAAAAAGGCCUAGGUUUCCAAAAUGCUCAAGCGGUUCAAGAAGGUUUGCUGUUUAGGUAGAAAUGGAUAUUUCCAGGAGAUUUUGGACAAAAGAUUGCUUGACUGAUGCUUCUUUGCUCGUUCAGAAGUUAAAUUGACAAUAACUGCACAUUUCCAAUCACUGGAAUGUGAGCAAGAACAUGGAAGACGCGAGUUAUCUAUUGGGUUUAGGGGAAGAGAAUAUGUCUGAGGUGAAUGUGGAUAGGAUAAGUAGUCUUCCGUGGGAAGUCCUAGACAUUAUUCUAGGGAAGUUGUCACUAAAGGAUGCUGUCAGAACAUGUGUUACAAAUGGCUUUCCUUAUCCAAAUUUGUCCUUGAUGCUGAUUAUCUUCCUACUGUGUUUAGUAUUAUAUAUCUUCGAUGGGAUAAGGUUGCAAAUAUUGUCAACAGAUAUUUGCUUAACCACGAUGGUGCAAUCAAGACAUUUGUCUUGAAAACACAUUGUAGUGCACAUUAUCCUGAUUUAUAUCAGUGGAUACUAAAUCUUUCUAGACAAGAUGUCGAGAUAAUGUCACUUGAAGAGCUUGACUAUAAUAUGUUUGUGGUACCUUCAUAUCUUUUUUUGUUCAAGAAGCUUCAGAGUUUGAACCUGCAAAUGUGUGCCUUAAAGAUUCCAUCUUCUUUUAGAAGAUUUAGCUUUCUUCAUGAACUCUCUCUCAGAACCGUUUCAAUUAGUGAUGAUGAUCUUCACCACUUAAUUCUUGCUUGCCCUCUCCUGGAGAAAUUGGUGGUGUUGGAAAUAAGUGAGUUAAUGCAUUUGAAAAUUUAUUCUCCAAGACUGUUUGAGUUACAAAUAGAUAUAGGAAUGGAGGACAUUUUUAUUGGAGAUCCUGCACAUUUGAAUUCUGUUUGUAUAUUGGAUAAUCCUAUACGUCGAGUUAUGAAUUACAACUGGCGGAGUGUUAUUCAUUGCUUUUCUAGACUGGUUGUCCUGCAAAAUUUGGUUUUAUGUGGAGCUUUUAUCGAGAUCUUGGCUGCUGAUAGUGCAUUUGAAAAUUUCCCGUGGAGGAACAAUACUCUAUCGUUUUUGUCCCUUUCUGAUGUAAACUGUGAGAAUAUUGGAGCGUUCAGGGUUUGUCUUUCUCUGCUAAGAUCCUGUCCAAACAUCAAAAAGUUCCAAUUUGUCAUUGAUGCAGCCAAAGGUCUAAGGCUAAUCACGCAAUUCUUAAAGGAAAAUAAAGGACUAGUCUCCUUUCCUGCACUCGAUUCUAUUGCAGUGACAUGUCCGUAUGAAACUGGCAUGGGAUGUACCGUGAACUUCAUUGAAUUUCUUUGCGCUCACUCCCCAAACCUCAGGUCUUUAAGCAUUGCCGGAUGGCCUGAUAUGAAAAAGACCCAGGUUUCCAGGAUGCUCAAGCGGUUUGAGAAUGUUUGUCCUCGUGCUGAAGUAAUGUAUACUUGUGGUCAUCAUAUAAUGUAAAGGGUGAUUCUCCUUUCAUGUGCCUAAUUCAAUUGCAGUGAGAUUCCCUUCUGAGUCUGGUGUGGGAUGUACUGUGAACUUCGUUGUGCGCUCACUCCCCAACCUCAGGUCUUUAACCAUUGAAUGAGCCUUUCAGGAAUGUCUGUUCUCGUGCUUUAGAUCUCCAUCGCAUCAGUAUCAGAAAGGAAAUCAGCUCAUGUUUAUGAGCUGUUGCUUUUGCUGCUAUUUGGUAAACUCUUUUUUUCCAAUAAUUUCAGUGUUUGGUGAACUUCAUUUAGUUCUCAUUACUUUCAGUUAUCUCUUUUUGGAAAAAAAAAUUCAGUAAAAACAAGACUUAAGAAAGUGUGUUUAUUUUUUGUAAUUUCAUUAUUUCUUGAUUUCUAUAGCCAUUUGUUUUCAAUUUUAGUUAUUUCAGUAUAUCUUGAUUUCUAUAGCCAUUUCUUUCAAUUUUAGGGCUGUUGGCAAGCGUCCGAGUUCUUGGGUGGAGAGUAUUCCUAAUUCUUUUUUUGUUCUAUGAGCUUUUUCCAUGGUCUCUUCGUUUAUAUAAAGUUAAUUUAUGAAUAGUUGAUAAUUUUAACAAAGCACGUUGAAAUAAAUCGAGCAAGGAUUUACGUAAUACGGAGUAAUGUAUUUUCUUUUAUAGAAAUCAUAAAAUAUGGUUAAAGUUUCUUAGUCCGUCUCCUAUGAGAUCGUCAUACGGGUGUGUGAGUUAAGUGAAUGCGGAUGUCAUUUAAGUUUCCC